CGGCCCAGGGCCCCGCCGCCCUGCGCGCAGGCAGCCUGGCUGCUUGCCCUGCCUGUGAGUCAGCUGGGAGCAGCCCUGGAGGUGGCACCGGCUCUCGGCUGGGAGAGCCGCACACCUUGGUACAGGCGAGAGGAGGCAGGGAUCCCAGGGCUCCGGAGCAGGGAGAACGAGGGACAGGCCUGAGCCCCAGCUUGCCCCACCUCCAGCAGGGAGAGAGAAGACCAGAGCAGGAGGCCUGACCUCCCAGUGCAGUGCUGGGGACGCAGACCCGCCACAUGGCGAAGGGCCACGGCUGCUGCCACGGCUGUGCCACCUGCCUGCUCGGCCUGUACAGCUGCCGCUGGGCCGAGAACAAGAGGAAAGGCCUGAGAACAACCAAGUGCGACUGUAGCUGGUUCUUCUUCCUCUUCUGCGUCUGCCUCUUCGCACUCGUAUGGCUCUACCAUGCCCUCAUCCUCCUCAAUGACUUCCACAACUUCAAUGAGUUCCUCUUCAGACAGACGCAGUGGUGGGUAGACUGGUCCCUGCCCCUGCUCGGAGUCACGGUGCUGCUGGUCACGUAUUCGGCCCUGCUGCUGGUUCUCGCUCUGUGCCUGCAGCUCUGUGGCCAGCCCUUGAAGUUGCAUUGUCUGCACAAGUGCCUGCUGAUCCUCACUGCCCUGGUCGUGGCCGCAGCCUUCGUCGCACUCGAUGUGAAGUGGACUGAGCAGUGGCAGAGCGCACGCAUCUCUCUGCAGGCAACAGGCCCCUUCCUGCACAUCGGAGCCGUGGCAGGCGUGACGCUGCUUGCCUGGCCCGUGGCCGACUGCUUCUAUCGUACUCGCCGUGCAGCCCCCAAGGUGCUGCUCCUGCUGGUGUAUCUGGGUGUGACAGCUGCGCUGUACCUGGCUCCCCUGAUGAUCUCCUCGCCCUGCCUCAUGGAGGAGAACCAGCUGCCCCCCAAACCAGCGCUGGCCGGGCACCGUGGGGCCCCCAUGCUGGCUCCAGAGAACACCCUGAUGUCAUUCCGGAAGUCAGUGGGCUGUGACGUGCACGUGUUUGAGACCGAUGUCAUGGUGAGUGCUGAUAGGGUCCCCUUCCUCAUGCACGACGAGACGCUCACCCGGACCACCAACGUGCAAAAGGUGUUCAAUGCCCAGGCCACCAUGAGCGGCACAACCUUCAACUGGACGGAUCUCCAGCAGCUUGACGCCGGCAGCUGGUUCCUGGAGAGGAAUCCGUUCCACUCGGUGCAGGGCCUCUCCAGCGAGGCGCAAGGCCAGGCGCGGGCACAGAAGAUCCCGUCUCUGGAGCAGGUGCUGCAGGAGGCCAAGCAGCACAACAUCUCCAUCAUGUUCGACCUCCGUCCUGAGAACCACACGGACUACCAGAGCUUCGUUAAUGUCACCGUGGCGACCAUCCUGGAGUCGGGCAUCCCGCCGCAGCUGAUUCUCUGGCUGCCCGACGGGUUCAGGGAGCAGGUCAGACAGCAGGCACCAGGAUUUCAGCAAAUCUACGGUCUGAAGAGCAGCUGGAAUGAAACAGAGUCUCCACUGCGACUGAACCUGCCGUACCAGGACGUCAGCACAGAGCAGAUUGGCCGGUAUCGCCAGGACAACGUCUCCGUCAAUCUGUACGUGGUCAAUGAGCCCUGGCUCUUCUCCGUGCUGUGGUGCGCGGGGGCCGGCUCCGUCACCACCAACGCCUGCCAGGUGCUGAAGGAGAUGAAGCGCCCCCUCUGGCUGCUCCCCCGCAACACUUAUCUGAUGGUCUGGAUUGUGAUCGACUGCGUCUCCUUCCUCCUGCUCCUCUCGGCCUUCCUCCUGCUGCAGAAAUGCUCCAGGAGAAAAGAACCGGCAGAGUCCAAGUCGGACGUGCUGCUAACGAAGAUCAACAGUCUCAUGCAGGAAUGACGCCCAGCCCCCGCGGUGCCUGGUGGUGGAGGGGUUUGAGCUGGGCACAGGUGGUGGUUAGCAGGGAGCGCCCAGACUUGCUCCUGCCAGCCUUGAAUGCCCUUUCCUCUGCAGGGCCCUUUCCAGGCCGUGGGCUCCCCACAAACCCUCAGUCUCUGCCCUGUUCUGCAGGGGGCUGGGGCUGGGUUUAUCCUGCCCCCAUGGGCACAACUCCCCUGCAGGUCAGGGGCCUGUGCAGAACCCCCCUGGUGAUGAGUCUGUGUCCUAGAGUAGACAGGCGUGCGUUCCCCUGCCCACGGGGACAGAGCUGGGGGUGGACACCGAGAUCUUGGCCUUGCAGCCUCCUGGGGCUGUGGGAACAGAUACUGUCUUGGAGGCUCCUCGGUUGUGACCUGCUGUGCAGGUGCACUUGUACCACAGCAGGGACCGGUGCAGCUGCUGCUGCUGUGAACUGGCUUGUCCUGUCUCCUGAAGCGUGAGAGAGGCUGCUAGGAGCCUGAAGGGUUUCGUUUACAGGGAGCCAGGUUUAAAGCCUUGUGCCAUAGGGGAGCCUAGGACUAGAUUGCUUUGGGCUGUGUCUGGGGAAAGGUGAAAGGGCAGGAGCGCAUCGCAGGCCCAGGCAGUAGGGCUGCAGGUGGGGAUCCUAGUGCAGCAGGAUGGAAACGAAGGGUCCCUCACUGAGCAGAGGAAGCCCAUUAUCCUCCUUGAGCCUUUGACACUGGCCGCUAGGCAGGUGUGCGGGAUGCAACAGUAGGCCCAGCCCCAUGAGACCCCGACCCUGCUUGUCUAGUGGAAGAGAUGGGGUUUGGCUUUGGAUGGAGGGGAUUGUGUGGGGGGCUGUCUUUCCAUAGAGAACACAGGUGCUGGGUGAAGGCCCCCAAAGCACCAUCCCUGGACUGGGUGUGACGCUAUCCUGCUGGGGAGGGGUAUGCUGGGGCAUGAAGUGGCCUCUUUGCUGCAGGGGUCUCAGCAGCAUGUGUCUAUUUUACUUGUUCUUAAUUAUGUAUGUUAAUAAACUGACCCACUUGGAUAAAAAACCCAAACAA